UAGCAUCUGACGCGAGUUUACUUCGGCUCGCAAGUCUCUGUCAAAAGUGAAGGUGUCUUACAAGAGUGCCGAUGUUGGCUACAAAUGUGAUCUACGUCGGAAGUGUUGUUCUCACGCUACGUUGUGCUGGUUGUGUGCCAUCGUUAUUUGGUGCUUAGAAAUGGGAACAAAUAACUGUCAGCAGGAAGCGUGUGUGCAGCGAGGUUGGUCACAAGAUAAGAUAACCGCUGGAAACGGUGCAGAGAUGGCUGAAGGAGCUGCAGAAUAUGAACUUGUUCCUCCGGAUGGAGGGUGGGGCUGGAUGGUCGUCUUAGGAUGUGCGCUGAGUAACAUUACCAGCCAGUGCCUGAACACCAUAUUCAGCCUGCUGUUCGGAGAUAAACUGCAGUCCAUGGGUCUCGAGACGACGAGUGCAGCGGUCAUUAUGAACUCCAUGUUCUCAGUAACGCAGUUCUCAGGGCUUCUGACUGGACCAUUACUGAAGAAAUUCUCAAUUCGUCAAGUGUCUGUCGGCGGGGGACUGCUCACUGUGGCUGGCAUGAUCCUCACGAGUUUUGCAAACUCGUUCACCUACAUUAUCAUUACAUACAGUUUGUUAGUAGGUCUGGGUAGUGGUCUCGUCGCACCGUCUGGAUUCCUGGCCGUCAAGGCCUACUUCGUGAAGUACCGCGGGCGCGCCGUCAGCUUGUCCAUGGCGGGCGGCAACGUGGUCCUGAUGGUGAUGCCGCACGUGGUGCGGCUGCUGCUCGACAACUACGGCUUCCUCGGCGCCAUGUUGGUCUUCAGUGGCGUGUCGAUGCAUGGGCCCUUGGGCAGCCUCCUCUUCCACCCGCUGGAGUGGCACGCCAAGCGCAGACCAAUCGCCACCGAGCUGAGGCCGCUCCAGGGUGAAGUCCAGGAAGGCGCGGACAAGUCCGGUACCGAAGCUGGGAGUCCUCAGGAGCGGAGGACGAGGCGGCGCACCUCAACGGCCUCACUGGCCACCUCUGAGUUCGGGGAUGUGAGUGACGCGCUACCUGAUGACCGCGCGAGGCGGCGGCCCGUCACCAGCGAAGAGGAUGGAAAUGUCAACCAAGAGGUUGCAGAGACACCUCCGGGUCAACGUUCGCUAUGGCGACGUGCAGUGGCGUUCAUGGACCUGGACUUGCUGCGAAGCGGUGCCUACCUGAACGUUAUGGUGGGCACGGCUGCCAUGGUGACGGCCACCAUCAACUACGCCCUGCUGCUGCCCUUCUACCUGCAGCGGGUCGUUGGGCUGACGCGUUCAGACACGGCGCUCGUCAUCACCAUGAGGGCGAUCGGCGACUGCGUGGCGCGGUUCGGCGUCAACUACUUCACGGACCGGUUCCACGUCCGGCCGCGCAUUACCUUCCUCCUCGGAUCUGUUUUCAGUGCAAUUACUCGCUCAGGGCUGGCCAUGUCUUCAUCGUUGGUGAUGUUGUGCGUGUGGAGUGCUUUGUGUGGAUUCUGUCGGGGCUCUGCUGUUGUCAACACCAACCUCUGCGUCGCAGAAGUCUGCCCUGAAGAGAAGCUGCCAGCUGCCGUCGGACUGAACAUGGUGUUCUGCGGUAUCAUGCUGUUCGCCUUCGGGCCUAUUAUAGGUUACAUCCGCGACGAGACAGGAGAUUAUCCGUUGUGUAUACAUAUCCUCACCGGCCUGUUGUUUUUCUGUAUGCUGCUCUGGCUUAUUGAAGACGUCUUCCACUGGUACCGCCAGAAGAGAUGAUUGCAAUCGUCCAUCAAUCAUCGAGCGUAAAUGAACGUUAACCGCAGAAUCUCUGUUUCCAUUGUUGCCGUCAACAGAACUCUUAGUGCAGCUGGUGGUGGAGAUCAGCGAGAGCGUUUGGUGGAGAGACGCUAUCCACGUCGUCAGGGCAUUAUUACGACUGGGAGCAAGACGAAAUGUGCAGACAGCACUACUUAUUGAAGUACUGCAUGUUUAUUUUAUUAUAGCCAUUUACUGUAAAGGUAAACAGUUAACGCCAAGGACUCUUAAAUAUCAACAAUGAGAUCUCUGCACAAACGUAAAUGACAGAACUGGAAUAUAUGUGAAAUUCCUGUAGUUUCAUAAAUAUAGUGUAUAAUAUUUGUUCCUGGUAAGUGCAAGAAAGGCGCUCUGAAUUUCACACGUUGCGUGAUGUGUUAUGAGGAGACAGAACUUAAUAUUAGAUCUCAUAAAAAUUACUUAAUGUGUUCGACAUAUUUUUUUUAUCACAUGACAUUGUAUUAAUUUUUGGGUAUUAUGAA